AUGCCUCUCCUGCCAUACGACAACAACAUGGAAAACUGGCUUAAUAGUUUUAAAGAGUACCUUGACUCCCGCAUGCCCGGGCUCAAGAGCUUUGUUUUUGAUGAUUUUGUUGAUCCUCGUGUUCCUGACCUUCGAGUCAAGCUCCAAGCCGAAUAUGCCAAAAUUCUUAAUGAAAUGGAGCAGGCCCCUACUAUCAACAAAACAGUUGCUCCAGUUCUUCGGCGUUUUGAAAACUACCCGAGUGUUGGUAUCGAGGCUCUCUGCCAGAAUUAUUCCGGAGGUACUCUUGGAUCUUAUAUCUCUCUCAUACGUGCCCUUGUAAUCCCAAGAGAACCAGACCAAACUGUCGAAGAAUACUUAAAUUCCUUCUUGACCUGUAUUAAAAACUUCGGCUCAGUUCCACCAACCAGAGAAAUCCUUAUUGCCAUAAUGGCAGCCGGUGCACGAAGCAAUGCUGUUUUUGAAAAGGCCCAAAAUGUAAUCAAUACACCCUUAUCGGUCUUGAGCCAAGAGCAGAUCAUUAAUGACCUGACCUCCAUUGCCACUGGCUCUGACAAAAUAGCUUCAAAAAUCUCAAACAAACAUACCCUUGAGAUUGAGCCCAUUCUUUGGCGCUCUCAUGCUCAUCGCAGGUCUUAUCAUAAUGAUAUUAUCUACGACCCACCACUCGGGUAUUCCGACAUUCAAAAAUUGAAACACCCAUCCCAAGCUGCUCCCUGGCGGAAAGCCAUGACUCGUACUUUGACCAAACUUCACUCUGCAAAGGCUAUUGAAACCUUGUCGCAGCCACCACUUGACCGUCCUAAUACGGGUGUUGUGCGCUGGAUAUAUGGCAAAUCGCGUUCUACAAAUAGUAGAAAAUUAAUCCCGUCAGCAAAGCUUAUUGUCGAUUCUGACCCUCGAGCCAUCCAAGUCUUCCAUGAACCACCACCUUCAUCUGCCGUUGCAAAAAAAUCCUCAGUCCGUUUAGCUCUUAGACUCUUCCCAUCAAAAUCAUCCUACCGAUACUUUGACCUGUCACAAGAGUUCCAUUCAACCCGUCUCGAAACUCCCCUUAUUGUUCGUCUCCCUGCUGUCGACCCGUUGCCCUCCCAUCGUAGACCCUAUGCUCGUAUUGUCAACUGUAUCCGUGGUGCAGAUCUUACUCCUUGGACUUCAAAGGUUAAAGCCAUUCUGGCAAAGCGUGGGUACAUUCAAACUGACUGGGACCCAGCCGUAUAUGAACUGGACCGUGAUGCACACCCUAAACGUGCAAUGGCCCUGUUACUUGAAGAUCAUCUACUACUGCUUGAUGACAAUUCGGUUCCUCACUGGAAAACAGAUUCGGUCUAUGGGUUCUUUAAGCAUGCAGAGCUCAUUGGUGCUCCCAAUACAAUAUUUGGUGCCAAGCUGGUCUUUAACAAGGAAAACAUUCUUAUUGCACUUUGCGGUUCCGACCUCAUCACUGGUCUUCUCCAUCAAUUCGAUCUCUACAAUCUGCUCAGGACCGCUCAAGAGCCCCGGGUAAUGGAUUGGCGUGACUACGCUAUUAUUAUCCGCAAUCUUCAAUUCAUUGCCAGCUGGAUCCGCCCAGAUAUUUCUGCCAAAGUCUUGCACCUUAACAUUAUCCAGUGCAAAAAUACCGAGCCCAAACAUCUCCCCAUUUGUACCUUGCUCCAUACUCUCCAACGUUCUCAAAACUAUUCAUUGAACUUCCCUGUCUACACUACCCUCAGGGAACUUAAUGCAUCUGUCUACGUUGACUACAAUGAAGUUUCUGGAACCUCCGGCUGGGUCGUAUCUCUCUUCGGAACCCCGAUCCAUUGGGAAACAUACCGUCCUCACCGGUCCCUCAGAACCCACCCAGGACUCCCUUACUGUGAGAUGCUUCGCCGUGCAAAUGCAGCAACAAAUACAAUCCACGCAAUUACCCGUGCUCUCACAUCCUCUAAAACCCUUAAUAUUGAGAAUUUUAACUUCCCUGAAACUGUCCCAGCAACAACCUCGCUUGUGUGGGCCCCGCGUGGUGAAAUCCAAUUCAUUACUGAUGAGCUUCGAAAACUUCCAGUCGCCCGCGCUAUCGUACUCAUGCGUUUCUGGCAAAACUUUACCGCUGACAAUGUCUCCUUCUCGCUCAAGUCCGAGUCUCGUCUGUCCUACAUGGUAACCCACCCGGGCCAUAUUCUCUCGGGCUCCCAUACCGGAGCUCCAGCAAAUAUCAUGGGCACUUUUAUGACCAAUGUAAAUUAA